GUGGCCACGUAGAGCUUCUGACGAGCAGCACCUACCCCGGAUUGGUGUACAAGCCGGUAACUGCUGGAGAGCUUUACUUCUACCAGUGCCUCCCCGAGGCCCUGGCGCCGUACACCAGCGUCUGCUACGGCACGUGCCAAAUACCUGCCCUGCAGGUGGACGCAGACUUGGGACCGGGUGGGGCCAUGCCGCCCGCGUUCCUCAUCAUGGAGGACAUCACGGCUGGCAUGAAGGAGCCCGCGGUCUUGGACCUGAAGUUGGGCUUCAGGCAGCGGGCUGCGCAUCACGGACCCUCCAAGCGGUCCUCCAUGAAAGCAAAAUGUGCCCGGUCCACGUCGCGGGUCAUGGGCUUCCGGCUCUGCGGGCUCCGGUAUUUUGAUCCGGCGACCCGGAAGAUGCGGAAAUCCAGCAAGAAAGAAGGACAGCAGGAGUGCCAGGACAGCGUCCUGGAGAAGCUCCUCGACUACCUGAGGCCCCUGCGCGGCCAAUCGCAGGAAGCUGACGAGGCGGAUGUGCGCAGCAUCCAUGAGAUUACGGAGCUCCUGGGCGACCUGUCCGACGUGAUCCGGCAACUCCCCGGCUUCCGCUUCUGGGGCUGCUCCCUGCUGCUCGCAAGGGACGUCAGCUACUGCUUUGGCCAGGGAGGCCCAAAGAAGACGGUCUGCAAGCUCAUCGAUUUCUCCAACUUUCACAUGACCUACGGCGACACGGUGGAUCUGGAGUUCCUGACCGUGCUGGAGAAUGUCCAGAGGUGCUUGGCCCACUGCGCUGCAGGGACCGACAUGGGUGAACUCCUGCACGCACCCGAUCUUAGGUUCCAGGACCUGGAGCAGGUUGGGGUCAAGGAGAAGCGCGUGGGGGCAGCGGGCCGGUUGCUUCUCAACGCUGCCUUGGGCGAAGCCGACGGCCACGUGGCCUCGGGCAAAGUGCACGAAGGUCAAGGGCUUCGGGAAGGCAAUGGGAAUGCCUCGCCCUGGGCACCUUUGCGCACCAUUGCGCUGCCAUGCGCCUCCGUCUUGAACUCCGGGGGGCAACCCGUCCCCCCGGCGCGCAAAGUGGUGCAGUCACCUUCGCUGUAUGCUCCGCCACGCAGGGUGUAG